CCGAGUCUGGCAACAAAUUAUUUUGCAACCCGCAUUGAUCCGAUCGCGAAUUCCCUACCCACCCUAGCCUGGAGACAUUUACAGCAUUUUGGCCGAGGCCGGCACAACCCUCUCGACUAGCCAUGACGAUGGCAAUGCUCCGUCUGCCCAGGGGCCUCCUCUUUGGAAGGCCAAUUCGGCCAUGCGCCCGCCUCUCAGGCGCAAUUGGACAAGACGGGAAAAGGAGGGCGACGAGGGCAUUUGCCACGGUUGGCGCCGACUCGAGGCCGUUCGAUGUCAUUGUCGUGGGCGGAGGCCAUGCGGGAGCCGAGGCGUGCGCAGCGGCAGCCCGCGCUGGCGCGAAGACGGCCCUGAUCACGCCUGACGUCGACAACCUAGGCACCUGCUCGUGCAACCCCAGCUUCGGCGGCAUCGGCAAGGGCACCAUCCUCCGCGAGAUUGACGCUCUCGACGGGCUGGCCGGCCGCAUAAUCGACAAGGCCGGCGUCCAGUUCCGCGUGCUGAACCGCAGCAAGGGGCCCGCCGUCUGGGGCCCCCGCGCCCAGAUCGACCGCGCCCUCUACAAGAAGCACAUGCGCGACGAGCUCGAGUCGUACCCCAACCUCUCCGUCGUCCUCGGCAAAGUCUCCGACAUUGUCCUCGCCGACAACGACGACGCUGCGAACCCGGCCAAGACCAAGAUCGCUGGUGUCCGCCUCGAGUCGGGCGAGGUGCUGCCCACCAGCCAGGUCGUCAUCACAACCGGCACCUUUCUCAGCGGCGAGAUACACAUCGGCCUCGAAGUGUACCCGGCCGGGCGCAUUGGCGAGGAUGCCACUUUUGGCCUCAGCAAGUCGCUCAAAGACGCCGGUUUCCAGCUCGGGAGGUUGAAGACGGGCACGCCGCCGCGCCUCGACAGGAAGAGCAUCAAGCUGCACACGCUGGACGAGCAGCUUGGCGAUGACCCGCCGAACCCCUUCAGCUACCUGAACAGCACCGUUGUCGCGACGGAGCAGCUGUCUUGCUUUUCCACCUACACCAACGCAGCUACCCACCAAAUUGUGCGAGACAAUCUCGACAAGACCAUCCACAUCCGCGAGACGGUCAGGGGGCCCCGGUACUGCCCCUCGCUCGAGUCCAAGAUCAUACGCUUUGCCGACCGCGAGAAGCACAUCGUCUGGCUCGAGCCCGAGGGCUACGACAACGACGUCGUCUACCCCAACGGCCUGAGCAUGACAAUACCGGCCGAGGCGCAGGAGCGGGCGCUGCGCACCAUCGCGGGCCUCGAGGACGUGGUCAUGCUGCAGCCCGGCUACGGCGUCGAGUACGACUACGUGGACCCGCGCAGCCUCAAGCGCACGCUCGAGACCAAGCUCAUCCGGGGCCUGUUCCUGGCGGGGCAGAUCAACGGCACCACGGGCUACGAGGAGGCCGCCGGCCAGGGCGUCGUGGCGGGCAUCAACGCCGGCCGCGCCGCCCUCGGCCUGCCGGGCAUCCGCCUCAGCCGCGCCGACGCCUACAUCGGCAUCAUGAUCGACGACCUCGUCACCAAGGGUGUGUCGGAGCCGUACCGCAUGUUCACGUCGCGCAGCGAGUUCCGCAUGACGGCCCGCUCCGACAACGCCGACACGCGCCUGACGGCCCUCGGCCGCUCCUGGGGCGUCGUAGGCGACGUGCGCUGGCGCCACUUCGAGGACCAGCGCGAGCAGGCAGGCGAGCUGCUCAACCUGCUCCAGUCAUCGCGGCACAGCGCGCAGACGCUGCAGGCGGCUGGGAUCCACGUGCGCUCCGACUCCCGCAUGCGCAACGGGCUCGAGGCCCUAACCAUGGCCUUCAUGGCCAGCCCGGAGCACGACAUGGUGGACAUCCUCCAGAAACUCAACGGGCUCGUCCCGGGCAUCGGCAAGUUCCCGACGCUCCUGUUCGAGCGCAUCAGCGUCGAGUCGGCCUACACCCCCUACGUCCGCCAGCACGAGGCCCAGCACGAGCGCCUGGAGCGCGACGAGGCCCUGGGCCUGCCCCUCGACCUCGACUACGACGCCAUCGACGGCCUGUCCCACUCCGAGAAGGAGGUGCUCCGCACCGCCCGCCCCGAGACCCUCGCCCAGGCCCGCCGCCUCGAGUCCAUGACCCCCGCUGGCUCCCUCGUCCUGCUCCGCCACGUUACCCGCGGAGGCCGCGGCGGCCGCGGCGGCUAUGACGCCGACCUCGCCGCCCUGACCGCUACUGCCGGAGGCGACCAGGACCUCGCCGCCCUGGACGCCCAGUCCAGGGUCGCCGCCCUGUAAAAACAGACGUCAUGGUUGUGACUUUGACAUUUUAGUGAAUGGAAUGUGUGUCGCUCAGAGUUGGAUAUGGGGACUGUACUGUAUAUACAAAAUCAAAAACAGACGGCUGCGCUGUGUAUUGGGUAAUCUCGACGGGAACAUCUUUAGACGGAGAGCGGUCGGUAUCUAGAUGAUUGCGGUUGGCGGCGCCCGGUGUAUUUUAUCCGAAAUGUUGUAUUUACCUACCUGUGCUCGUCUUUCUUCGGGGUUCCUACUUCCUUGUGUAUUUAUUUCGAAAAGAAACUACUUCUAUCCAUGA